AUGCCCUAUGAGCCCCUUCCUUCACUCUUCCCAGGCACUCUUGAGGAGGAGGUGGAGGAGGAGGAAGUGGUCGCACCUCCUGCUAUGCCCUAUGUCCCUACCUCAGUCCCCACCCCACCUCCUCCUACAGUGUACCCUCCUGCAGGACGAGAGCAGCAUGGAUGGAGUGCAGCAGAGUGGGGGGCAGGAGACAGGGGAGCAGCAGACAUGGGAGCAGCAGACAUGGGAGCAGCAGAUUGGGGAGCAGCAGAUAGGGGAGGAGCAGACUGGGGAGCAGCAGACAGGGGAGCCGCAGACAGGGGAGCAGGAGAUGUGGGGAAUUAG